AGUUGGGUGUGAUGGCUCCGAUUCUUAGUGUUGAGAAAAUCCCUGCCACGUAUGACCAGUACCAAACCACGCUGGAACCGAGGUAUCUGGAACGGGCUCGUAUAGAAAUCAAUGAGGAGAGUUUCCGAAGAGAACCCGCGAUAGCCCGGAUGCGUGAGUUCAUCGCAAAACACCCGCAAAUCCAGCGAUGUCGUACGGAUACCAUCUUCCUGCUGAGGUUCCUCCGUUACCGGAAGUUCAACGUGGAGGCCGCUUGUGAAGCGCUCGAAAAGUACCUUACGGCGUUGCAAGUGUCACGGGAGUUUUUUAACGUAGAUCUCGACAAUCCAAUUAUCAAGGAGUGCCUGUGUGUUCCACUCGGACCAAAGCGCGAUGGCAGUUUGGUCUUUCUGAUGCGACUAGGAUCCGUCGAUCCGGCAACAUUCCUGCCGGAGGAGGUAGUGAGUUUAAAUAUGAUUGCGCUGGAAACGUACGGGAAUCUAGAAGUUUACCAAGUGACUGGAGUUACGCCCGUGAUCGAUCUCCUCGGCACGACUUUGGGUCACGUUGGGGCGGUUACGUUGCCAAAACUGAAAAUUAUGAUGGAUGCAGUAAACCAAUUUAUGGGAGCGCGAAUCAAAAAGAUUCACAUUGUUCAUCUGCCCAAAUUGGCCACUCCCGUGGUGGAGUUGUGUCUCAAGGCACUGCCGAUCAAGCUGCAGCAAAGAGUGAAGCUCAAGAACUUGCAGUACGGCUAG